AUUCUAUGAGCAAAUAUUCUGUGGUGUUUCGUGACGUGUUGAAUAAAUUUUAAGAACUGUUAAUAUUUGUUACAAGAAAUGUUUAAAUAUCAGUUUUUCUCACUCGGUCUUAUAUUAUUUUAUCUAAAUUUUUCUUCAGCUUUAUAUUUUCAUAUAGCCGAAACAGAGCGCAAAUGCUUUAUAGAAGAAGUUCCAGAUGAAACCAAUGUUGUAGUUAAUUAUAAAGUGGAGUUGUAUGACCCUCGAACAGGCGGUUUUAUGCCGUCAACGCCAGGUAUAGGCAUGCACGUUGAGGUACGAGAUCCAGAUGAUAAAACAAUUUUGUCAAGGGUGUACAGUUCAGAGGGUAAAAUUUCGUUUACUUCGCUUUCUCCAGGUGAACAUGUGAUCUGUAUGUAUUCAAAUAGUUCAGCAUGGUUUGGAGGAGCUCAGUUAAGAGUACAUUUGGAUAUCCAAGUUGGAGAACAUGCCAUUAACUAUGGCGAAGUAGUACAAAAAGAAAAGCUUACUGAAUUGCAGCUUAGAAUUAGGCAGUUACUUGAUCAGGUUGAACAGAUAACUAAGGAACAGAAUUACCAAAGGUAUCGAGAAGACAGAUUUCGUCAAACUAGCGAGAGUACCAAUUCUAGAGUAUUAUGGUGGUCUGUAACGCAAACUGCAGUUCUUGUAGUAAUGGGAGCAUGGCAAAUGAGACAUCUGAAGAGUUUCUUUGAAGCAAAAAAACUAGUAUAAGAAUCUCUUAGUACUUAUGAUUUUUAAUAAGUGCAAUCAAUUCUGUAAAUGAUUAAUGUAAUAAUGCUGUUAAUAAAUAAUAAAACAUU